CACAAAUGCUGUUCGCGUUUUGUCUCUUGUUCGUGAAAUAUCCUUCGGCAAACUUACAAGAAACAACUGACAGGAUUUUCAAAAAUGGCGACGUAAUUAUUGGAAGCCUUCUGGCCGCUCAUCAAGAGAAUUCAGAAGAAGGUUGCCGAAACGUGCAUCUUAUUGGCAUAAUCCGCGUAGAGGCUGCUAUAUACACCAUUGAGCAAAUUAACAAAAACGCAAAUAUUCUUCCGAAUAUUCAACUUGGUUAUGAUAUCCGAGAUCAUUGCAUGGACAGGGCAAAGGCAAUGAAACAUACUUACGAUUUCAGCACACACAUCCAAUUCUUGGAAAUGGACGAAGUCUCCAACAACCACCACGUCAAUUCCAACGCUUGUCUGCAAUCUUCUCUUUCUAAAAGCAACACAGCCUUACCAAUUUCCGCCAUAGUCGGGCCCUACGGCUCACGGAACUCACUUCAAGUCGCAGGACUGCUUCAAGUUGUGAACAUUCCGGCCAUAAGCCCGUCGGCAACAAGCGCAGAGCUUAGCUGGUCCUUUUACAAAAAGUUCUUGCGAACAGUUCCUCCAGAUGGCUAUCAAGCAAGAGCUAUGGCGGACCUGAUCGAACACUUCAGCUGGAAAUAUGUGGCGGUGAUCGCUGUGGAACAUUCAUACGGAUUGUACGGUUUUCGUGCGCUUGAGCAAGAAUCUUUUCAACGACAGACGUUUUGUAUUGGACUUGUGGAAUAUAUCACACCAACACAGUAUGACAGUCAGUUAAAACCUACUGUUGCAAAACUUAAGCGGGCGGAGAACAUCAAAGUCAUAAUUUUGUGGAUUGGAGCAACACUCGCGAAGGAAUUGGCCAAAGAAGCACACAGUCAAAAUCUUAUCGGGAAGGUUUGGGUUAUGAGCGACUCUUUAGCAACCAAAACUCCUGAAUAUCUUGGAAACGAUUUGAUAAGCCUUGGAAUUUAUUUAGGAAUUCAACCAAAGCAGUUUCAAGAUAGGAACUUCGAAGAGUAUCUUAAACAUCUCACCGCAAAAAUUUCUUCUGAAAGGAGAAACGUAAAUCCUUGGUUUGAUGUUAUUUGGAGGGAAGAAUUCAACUGCUCUACAAACAAUGGCACCCAGGGUUAUGUGCGGUGUCAGGACAAUUUAACCAUUACCGAUGAGGUAUUUUCCAAGAUGUCUGAUGACUUUAUUCCAUAUCAAAUUGACGCUAUUUACGCAGUUGCUCGUGCACUUGAUAUGAUCUACAAAUGCAAGACACCACUCGGUUUGUUACCAAAUGGAGCCUGUCCUCAAACGAAACCUUUCGUGCGAUCUUCAGACGUUUUUUUGUACCUUCGUAAUGUCAGUUUUCAAGGAAUAACAGGCCGAAUCGGGUUUGAUGAAAAUGGAGACCCUCUGCAAGCCAUGUAUGACUUUGUCAGCUUUCAGAAGAAUUUUGGGGGUAAUUAUGUCAAAAUAAAAAUAGGGUUUUGGGAGGCUAAUGGAGAUCUGAUGUUACAGAUUAAUGACAGCUUAAUCAAAUGGAGCAAUGGAAACGGCACUUUGAACAGACAAGCAUCCGGAAUACCAAAAUCAAUAUGUCUGGAGCCGUGUCCACCUGGAACACGACAAACACCCACGAUUUCUUGUUGUUGGCAAUGCAUUGAAUGCCCGGAUGGAGCAGUUAAUGCACGCAAAGGAUCACCAAACUGUACAAAGUGUGCUAAGACGCAAAAGUCAAGUGAGGAUAAAACCACAUGUGUAGACCUACCAAUAAAAAAUCUUCAUUGGAAAAGCAUGACUGGAAUAAUCCUCGCUAUUUUUACGACUUCGGGCUUUGUUUUUACAUUCUUUACAACGGUUCUUUUCAUCCGCUAUUAUCACACGCCAGUUGUAAAAGCUGCUAACCGUGAUCUGAGUUUCAUUUUACUUUCCGACAUCGCUGCGGGAUUUGUUUUACCUCUGUUGACAAUUUCGUAUCCCUCCCCUGCCAUUUGCGCUGUUAUUGAACCCUGGCGCUAUAUAACAUCAUCACUAAGUGUCUCCGUUCUGUUGGUGAAAACCAUGAAACUAUUGAGAGCUUUUCAGAUUACUUACGUUGCAAAAUGGUUGAGAAAGAGCAGCGCCAGCUCAGUUGGGCAGUUUGUGUCCAUCAUUUCGUUAAACUUUAUUCAAGUUAUAUUUGCAGUUAUCUGGGGCGCAGUAGAUCCUCCUUUCACAAGGAAUAAGAUUGAAGAAGGAUUAUUUGUUACAAUUAUAUGCAUUCCUUACCGAACGAGUCUAGGCCAGGCUAUGGAGAUAUCUAUGCUGACCUAUAUGUUAUUUCUAUGCCUUCUUUGUGUGUUCUACGCUUUUAAAGCUCGCACCCUUCCCGAGAACUUCAACGAAGCCCGUUAUAUUGGUUUUGCAAUGUAUAUACUUCUUCUCUCCUGGAUUGCAUUCGUUCCUGUGCAAACGUCCUUAGGAGGGUGGUAUGUGGCUGUGGUAUCAUGUUCAACUGCUCUCGUUAACUCGUACGCUUUGCUUGCCUGCAUUUUUGCACCAAAACUGUUUAUCAUUCUUCGCCACCCGGAGCAAAAUACAUCAGAAUUUCUACGAAAUGAGUUAAGAACAGCUAACAGCAUAAAACCAGCCACAAUCUACCAUCGUUCUUCUGGGGAAAAAGCUUUCACAAAAGUGACAGUUAUUCAAAAAAGUCCUUUCCGACAAAAGAGCGGCUGUACUAAACGUCGAAGUAGUUUGUAAUCAUAGUAUUGCUAUGCGUUAAAGUGAACAACUGACGUAGAAUGGAUCACCUACAAAACAAAAUCUCAAGACCAAAUCUCUUAAGAGUGACUAGCAUCUAA